GGCAAUUGGGAUUAUCCGAAUCCGCACCGCUUGUUCCUGCUUCAGCUGCACGAUGACGACGGCGGCGACGCCUGCUCGGCGGAUUCUCACCGAGGGAUGCUCGGCGCUGGGGCCAGCUCCGGCAGGUCGCCCAGUCUCCCUUACGCAGUGGAGCACAGUCAGUGAAGCCCGUCGACGGCGAUCCUUUCAGGUCGCAGCAACCUCGCCUCUCCGCCCCGCAAAAAGAAGUGGGAAGGUUCUACCUUUGAGGGCUAGCUUUUGGGAUUCCAUUAAAUCUGGCUUCUUGAACAAUAACACCACGCAAGUUGUUGAGCCAGCAUCAAACUUUAUAGAAGAGGAAGAUACCUUGGCGCAAGAGAUAAUUCUUCUAGAAAGCACUCAAUCGGAUGGAACACUUGAACAGAUCAUGUUUUCUUCAGCAGGAGAUGUGGAUGCAUACGAUGUACAAGCUUUGUGUGAUAAGGUAGGAUGGCCUCGCAGACCACUAACAAAAAUAGCAGCAUCUUUGAAAAAUAGUUAUCUGGUGGCGACACUUCAUUCAAUAUGUCGGGCUCCAGGUUUAGAGGAAAAUGAUGAGAAGAAACUUAUUGGCAUGGCCCGUGCCACCUCUGAUCAUGCAUUCAAUGCCACAAUAUGGGAUGUCCUUGUUGAUCCAUCCUACCAGGGUCGUGGGCUAGGCAAAGCACUUGUUGAGCAACUAAUCCGCACCUUGUUGCAAAGAGAUAUCGGCAAUAUAACGUUAUUUGCAGAUAAUAAAGUGGUAGAUUUCUACAAAAAUUUAGGAUUUGAAGCUGAUCCCGAAGGCAUCAAGGGCAUGUUCUGGUACCCAAGAUAUUAGUGUCCCGAGUUGAGGAAUUGUUUUUCUUUACACGUCCCAUAGUGUAUUUAUGCUGUGUACGAGUAUGCGAUAAUGUGAAUAGGGAUAAUUUGAUACUUCAAAACUCACUCUUGCUUAAGCUAAUUGUCUUCUGAUUGUGUAGAUCAAAUACGACACCUGCUCUCUGCGGCUCAUUUAUCGUU